AUGACGGAACCAGACACAUUUGGUGAUCUACCGACGCUUCGUACCUUCUGCCCCGUAGGAACAACAGGAAUCUACGCCUAUUACAAAGGGCGCACAUGCCCCUGGCGCUCCUCAAACUGGUAUGAUGAGACCUUGGCCUUGAGCGUGGCUACCUACAGCAUCGUCAGCGGGGACUCCGCCCUUCUCUUCGACGCAGGUCUGACGCCUGCUCACGGGGCGUACAUGCUCGCCCAUGUACGAAGUUUGGGCGCAAGAAGUGUGACGACGGUAUAUAGCCAUUUCCAUGCCGACCACAUCGCUGGGGCUUCUGCUUUGCGGGAUACGAAGAUUGUUGCACACAAAAGCACGCAAGAGAGAAUGAGGCAGAAUGCUGAGAAGUUGAGAAACCCGGGUGAGGGCGGAGGACCCAGCAUCGACGUUAUGUUUCCCACGGAGACAUAUGAGAAGAGCUUGUCGCUCCUAGUCGGCGAUAUCUUAGUCGAACUGCAUAAUUUCCACAUUCACACCGCAGAUUCCACAUUUCUCUUCCUCCCGGAUGUAGGCUUGAUUUUUGCUGGGGAUAUGCUCGAGGACACUGUGACGUAUCUUUCCGAGCCAGAGGAUCUCAGAACUCAACUAGAGGAUUUGGAGCGUAUGGCGCAAUUGCCUAUUAAGAAAAUCUUUCCUGCGCAUAGUAGCCCGGACCGGAUCAAAGCCGGAGGGUUUGAUAAGUCGUUGAUUGACGCCACGAUCAGGUAUUUGAAGGCAUUAGAUGAACCUGUUAAGAAGCCUGUUGCUUGGGAGAGAAAUCUCAAAGAUGUGGUGAAAGACGAUUUAGUGGCAGGGAGACUGAUCUUUCUUGAGGCGUACGAGGGCGUACACCAGGAAAACAUUGAGUCCAUGAAGGAAAUACGAGAUGAAAGCACCGCCGAUAUGAUGAAGAAAAGUGGAGAAGGCAACAUUGAUAUAUGGACCUAG